AUGGUUGUAUCCAAGUCAUGGACAAUGGUGAAACAUUUUGAUGGUGCCCCGAAACCUGAGAAUUUUAAGCUGGUUGAGAAAGAGCUGCCAGCACUGAAAGAUGGAGAAUUUCCUGUUGCAGUCGGUGUUUUUGAGUGUGGACCCGUACAUGAGGCCAUACAGUAGAAAAAUGAUGAAGGAAGGGGACGUCAUGAUAGGAUCCCAGGUUGCCAGGGUAACAGAGAGUAAAAAUCCUGAGUUCCCAGUGGGAGGAUAUUGUGUUUCAAAUGCUGGAUGGACCACGCACUUCAUUUCUGAUGGCAAAGGACUACAUGCAUUACCCUCCACCUGGCCUGAAUCUCUACCUAAAUCACUAGCACUUGGAGCUGCAGGCAUGCCUGGUCUGACGGCAUACUUUGGCUUGCUGGAAAUCUGCAGUCCCAAGGAAGGAGACGUGGUUCUUGUUAAUUGUGCUGCUGGUGCUGUAGGUUCUGUAGUGGGACAGAUUGCAAAGAUAAAAGGCUGUAAAGUAGUUGGAUCUGCUGGAUCAGAUGAAAAAGUUGCGUAUUUAAAGGAAAUCGGUUUUGAUGAAGCUUUCAACUAUAAGACUGUGAACUCUUUGGAGGAAGCACUGAAGGCAGCAUCUCCAGAGGGCUACGACUGUUACUUUGAGAAUGUUGGAGGAAAAUUUGCAGAUGCUGCCUUGCAACAAAUGAGAGAUUUUGGAAGAAUUGCUGUAUGUGGUGCCAUCUCUAUGUACAAUGACGCAGUGCCUCCUUCAGGACCUUACAUACAGCCAACUAUCCUGUUCAAACAACUCCGAAUGGAAGGGUUCAUUGUGAGGCGUUGGCAGGACAGAUAUGAGGAAGGUGGGAAGCAGCUCCUGCAGUGGAUUUUAGAGGGCAAAUUGAAAUAUCAUGAACACAUCACCAAUGGAUUUGAAAACAUGCCAGCAGGAUUCAUGGGAAUGCUCAAGGGAGAUAACAUUGGGAAAGCAAUUAUCAAAGUGUAG